UUAUUAACUACUUGAGAAAGAGACAGAAACACUCAGAAAACAAGAACCGCGAAAAAGCAUUUGCCGCCAAAACAACGUUAACCCUUUUUCCAGAUGAAUAGUUUCUGAUAUAAGUAAGAAGAUGCAUGCCACGGGUUCUAUUCUCGGGAGUACCUGCAUACAAAGACCAAUAUCUUCUCCGUUAUUAGUCCUCAACCUUUCUCAACGGGAGGGUAUUGAUUCAAGCCAACAAAAUGUAAGAAGUCAAGGAGGAUUCUCCACAGACUGGCGUGAGCAUCCUGAAAUGUGUUACUGGCGCCACUACAUUAGAAAUAUAAUAUAUGAAAUUUUACGCACCAGGGUUCAUCAUCAGCAAGCACAAGGGUCGUAUCUUACUGCAGAUAUUCUAGAAUUCGAGCUACUGAAGCAUGCUGCUUCAGAGGAGGAGUAUAUAAACGAAGAUACAUUGUUACGGAGAGUGCAAACUCAACUCAAUGAUAUGGGUAGGACAAAAGGCAGUCAACAAGUUGACAACUCUACCUCAUAUAAGACAGUGCCUUUACACUUUCCAGAUACUGGUAUGGAUGAGCUUUCUCACAUGAUUUCUCUGGGUAGAAGAAAUAUGGCAGCUACAACCAAUUCAAAUGGUUUCAGUUUCCCUCAGAAACAUGCAGAUGAAUUGGAUAUGGAUCUUAACAAUAAUGGAAGCUGUUGGGGAAGUGUCCAGAAAAAUGAACCUUGGGAUUGUCACUCUGCUGCAAUGGGGAAAUCCCUCCGAUCUGAAUCUUCAAAUUUGAUGUUCCCUCAACAUGUCUCAAGGGUAAAUUCAGAAGUUUACAAUCUUUUUCCUGGCUUGAACUCCAACUCAAUCCUUGGAGAUAUUAGGCAAUGUCAACCCCAGCCGAUGCAUUUACAACAAAGUUUUGAACAAUUUAUCCAGCCAAAUGAGCUUUGUGGUAAAUCUACUACUUUCCAGACUGGUUCAUCCUUUCUAGAUCGCGACGAAAAUUGCGAUCAAAUGUCAGGGAAGAAAGCACUGAAGCGGCCCUGGCUAGAUUCAUGCUGUGACUCUAAAGGGAUGCUGCGACCUGACAAAAUACUAAAAAUGAUGUCUGAUUUUGAUGUCUCUUCCAUUAAUGAUACAAUCUCUGAUCAAUGUACUACCAAGACGUCUCAACCUUAUUCUUCAGAAGAAGCACUUCCAGAAUUGCAGCAACAGCGAGAAACUUCCAUUUCUUCUAUGUAUUCUGAUGUUGCAAAUUGCCAUGUGGAACGUUUUGCAUAUCCACGGCCUGAUUCUAUGAGCAUAUGUGGUCAAAUACUAGAGGAGUCAGACCUCAGAAGCCAUGAUCCAAGAGAUAGCAGCAACUUAAUGGAAACUGACAAUAGAUUGAAUUCUAGUAUGCAUACUCUCUGGUGUGAUCCUAUUGCUGCUGAUAUAGAGGACAUACGUGGCAAAACUGGAGUUUCGGAGCAAUCGGAAAAUCCUAUGCAUGAUUCAAUGCCAAUCAGUGAGACGGUGAACAAUGUGAUUGAUGAAAUGCUUCCGCAGACUUUUAAGAGUGAUACAAUUCAUUAUAAAGUCUUAGAAGCUGGUCAUAUGUCGGAGGAGCCAGAGCCCACAAUUGAUUCUAUGGGCAUUGACGAUACGUUUGGGAAGGCUUUCAAGAGUGGAACGGUUCACCCUAAAGGCUUAGAAGAUUGUCAUAUAUCAGAGGACUCAGACCACGAAAACCAUGUUCCCACCAACAGCAAUAACUCGAAGGAUACUAAAGUUAGUUUGAGUUCCAGUAUGCGUUCCCUCAGCCAUGUUCACAUUGCUGCAGAUGUAGAGGACUCAGACCCCGAAAACCAUGUUCCCGCAAACGGCAAUAACUCGAAGGAUACUGAAAUUAAUUUGAGUCCCGGUAUGUGUUCCCUCAGCGAUGUUCAUAUUGCUGCAGCUGUAGAGGACAUAAGUGGAAGAAUUGGAUUCAACCUGGCUCGGAUAAAUGCUGAAAAUAAAGUCAGUGAGGAAAAAGUUGAUGAAAAGAAGGAAACCAAGUUCUCAAAAAUGACAGCUAAUAUUGUUUCCUUAACUGAUUUUUUCACAAGUAAUCAAAUCAGAGAACACAUUAGAAGUCUGAGAAAGCAGCCUGUCCAGAGUAUGCCUGGGGAAGAAGCGGGAAUUGUUGUUAGUACAUGCCAAUUAUGUGCAAUGCAAAAGCUCUAUUAUGCACCAGUGCCAAUUUAUUGCUCAUGUUGCAAUAAGCCGAUUAAGCUAAACACAGACUACUACCAUAAAAAAGCAGAAGAAUCUGAUUCACAAAAUUUCUUUUGCACUGUGUGUUAUAAGAAGUCUCGAGGUGAGCACAUCACAUUCAACGCAAUAUCUGUUCAGAAGGAACUUCUUGAUAGAAAGACUAAUGAUGAAGUAUUUGAAGAAGGGUGGGUUGAAUGUAAAAAAUGCGAAAGAUGGCAACAUCAAAUAUGCGCACUCUUUAACGGAAAGAGAGAUCUGGUCAUCUGUGCUGACUAUAUAUGUCUUAUAUGCCGCUUGAAGGAAAUUGAAGAAGGAAUUCAUAUAUCCUUACCAAAGACAGCUAUUUUCGGUGCCAAGGACUUGCCAAGAACCAUGCUUGGUGACCACAUAGAGAAAAGACUUUUUAAGUGUCUCAUGCAAGAGAGAGUAGACAGGGCAAAAGUCGAAGGGAAUAAGAAUCUUGAUGAGGUUUUACCAGCAGACAGUCUUUCUGUUAAAGUAGUGUUAUCUGCUGACAAACAAUUGGAAGUGAAGAAGCAGUUUCUAAACAUCUUUCCGGAGAAAAAUUACCCUGCUGAGUUCCCUUAUACAUCAAAAGUUAUUCUUCUGUUUCAGCAGAUUGACGGAGCAGAUGUUUGCCUUUUUGCAAUGUAUGUCCAGGAGUUUGGCUCAGAAUGUGGCAAUCCCAAUAAGCGUUGUGUAUAUAUUUCAUAUCUUGAUUCUGUCAAGUAUUUUAGGCCUGAAAGAGAGACUAUAAGGGGAGAAGCUCUUCGCACCCUCGUUUACCAUGAGAUAUUGAUUGGAUACCUUGAUUUUUGCAAGAAGCGAGGUUUCACAACAUGCUAUAUAUGGGCCUGUCCUCCUACAAAGGGGGAAGAUUACAUACUGUAUUGCCAUCCUGACACUCAGAAGACCCCGAAGAAUGAUAAACUACGGCACUGGUAUCUUUCAAUGCUAAGGAAGGCUGCUGAAGAAAAUAUUGUUCUUGGUUUAAGUAACAUAUAUGAUCAUUUCUUUGUUCCUACUGGGAAAUGGGACUCCAAGGUGACAGCUUCCCGUUUGCCAUACUUUGAUGGAGACUACUGGUCUAGUCGUGCUAUGGGUCUAGCCGGCGACAUUGAUAAAGACAGUGGGUAUGAAAAGACAUUGAAGAAACUUGUGAAAAACAAAAGAGCUUUAAAGGCCUUGGGGCAUGUUAACCCUUCAAUAGACACUGCCAAAGACAUUCUAGUGAUGCAGAGGCUGGGCAAAGAAAUUCUGCCAUACAAGGAAGACUUCAUCAUAGUUCACCUUCAGCAUACAUGCGUGCACUGCCAGGAAGUGAUAGUUUCUGGGAAGCGGUGGUUUUGCACUGAAUGCAAGAAAUUUCAAGAGUGUGAAAGAUGCCAUACUGCUGACUCACACACUUCAACUAGUGGCGAGAAACAUACACUCUGUCAGGUCCUCGUGGAAGAUGUCCCUUUAGAUACUAAAGAGAAUGAUAUCAUUCUUGACAAUCAAUUAUUUGAGAAUAGGCAUAACUUCCUGAGCUUCUGCCAGAAGAAUCUGCUACAGUUUGACACGCUCCGCCGCGCGAAGCACUCUACAAUGAUGAUCCUCUAUCACCUAAAGUAUUCCUCAAUAUGUAGUAUUUGCGGCUGUGAACGCAACGAAUUUCAACAUAGCUGUAGAUGUGAGUGUUGUCCUGAUAUCUCUGCAUGCAAGGAGAGAGGUGCUGAAUGCCAUGCACAUGAGUUGAGUCAAACUCAUUCAACAUCACUAUCUACCUCAGGGAAUGAAGAGUCAAAGCUGAAAUCAACAUGCCAUGAACAGAAGUUGAGUCAAACUCAUUCAAAAUCACUAUCUGUCUCAGGGAAGGAAGAGUCAAAGCUGAAAUCAACAGGCCAAGAACACAAGUUGAGUCAAACUUCAACAUCACUAUCUGUUUCAGCUGGGAAUGGAGAGCCAAAGAAGAAAUCAACACUCGCUCCCACGCAGGUGAAGAAACUGCUAGAAGUUCUGCAGCAUGCAUCUCAAUGCAAUAACUCAAACGAAACACAGCCAUGCCCUUAUACAUACUGUCUGAAAAUGAAAAUGCUGUUAUCUCAUGCCAGAGAGUGCAUUACUCGUGCUUCGGGGCGCUGUCGACCUUGUUACAAGGCAUUGAUGUUACUAGAUGCUCACUCGAAGACAUGUGAAGUCUCAGAAUGUCCCAUCCCAUGUUGCAUGAAUCUGAAGAAGCGUCGAGAAUCUCGAGAUAGAGCUGCUGUUGUGAAAAGCAAACAGAGAACUUUCUGAUCCUUGAAAUCUAUGUGUAUAUAUUAAAGGAUUUGAGUCUUUCAAAGUAUGAAAAGUAAUGAGAAAAAUCUCAACCUCACAUUGGAAAGAAAAAGAAAUCUCGAUCAACAAUGUAAGAUCCAUUGCUUUACAUACAUGUACAGGCAUAAUAAACUACAAGAAAGUGUACAAAAACUAGUUAUCAUAUCAUAUACUAUAAAAACUAUGAACUAAUU